GUUGAAGGAAGUUGUUUGAGAGCACGGGUCGUUGCACCGUUAUGGCGGGGAAGCAAAACCACUGCGCCGCCUGAAGCGCAGCCAUUGUGGUGUGGCCGUGGGACACGCAUGCGCGGCAACGUUUGUUCGGCGCGAAAGACAAACCAACGUGCGUUAAAAACCGACAUGUUUAUUUAUUGAAAACUUAAAAAAAAAACAAUAUUAUUUUUUAUUACAGAAUUUUUAAUAAAUUAAUAGUGAUUGUGAUAAUUGUUUGUUAAUUUUCCGAAGAUGAAGUAUAAGGUCAAGGACAUCGACAGUGAGAGUCAGCGCUCCGCCAGGCCGCCCGACACAGCAAGCGGGCUCGAGGAGAAACUGGAGCGCACCGUGCGUUGUUCGUCGGUGCUGAUCGCGGCACUAGGGCUGUCCCUCGUCGCCCUGGGAGUCUACACCGCGGUGCUGGUGCUGACGGAGUACCGCAGCCCGCUUCCCUGCCUCAGCGAGGUCUGCGUCGGCACCGCUGCGCGAGUUCUCGCCGCAUUGAACAAGAGCGUUGACCCCUGCGAUGACUUCUACGAGUUCGCUUGCGGCGGCUGGAUCGAGAAGAAUCCGGUGCCGGAGUGGGCGACGUCCUGGGACCAGCUCGCGAUCCUCCGGGAGCGGCUGGUGUCCGACCUCAGGGAGCUGCUCGAAGACAAGAGCAACGCCAGCAUACCCACGAGUGUGUCGAAAGCGAAGGCUUUGUACCGCACUUGUGUUGACGUGGACAAAUUAGAAAAAGCUGGCAUCAAGCCGAUCGAGGACCUUCUUGUAUCCCUCGGGCUACCUGCCCGCCCGCCCUCCGAGCCCAGCGACUUCUUCAGCUGGGAGGCGACCGCGGGCAUGAGCCGGCGCUUGCUGGGCCUCAACGUGCUGCUCAGUGUACAGGUGGCCGAGGAUGUCAGGAACACCAGCAUAAAUCGAGUUGUGGUGGAGCAAGUUACCCCGGGCUUCAGCGACCGCUACCUCCGCCAGCCCGACCAGUUCGCGCACGAGUUGCAACAGUACCACAAGUACAUACGCUCUGUCAUUGAGAUAGCCGACAACGACACUGAUGCGGAGAGCUUCGCAGAUGAUAUCAUCAGUUUCAGCACUAGUUUGGCUUUGAUAAUGACGCCCGUAGAAGUUCGUCGCAGUGGUACGCACCUGUUCCAUGAAGUGAGCGUGUCGCAACUUAUCCAAGGCUCCAGCGGUGGGCCGGCGCAUUGGAAUCAGCACAAAUGGCAGAAGUACAUCGACCUUGUGUUCGCCAAUACAAGUGUAGUUUUGGAUCAGAACGUAGACCGUGUGAUCGUGAUGGACCUGCCAUAUCUUCACAAAUUGGCGACACUACUGGCUGACACCAAGCCUGUCAUCAUUGAGAAAUUCCUUUGGUGGAGUGUGUUUUCAACGGUCGCCCCGAUGACCUUGAGCGCAUUCCGCGACCUCGGCUUCGAGUUCUCGAAGGCGGUGUUUGGGCUACAACAAAGGACUCCGCGCUGGAAGAGCUGUACCGCUAAUGUCAACGCUAACUUUGGUAUGGCGUUGAGUUACCUGUACGUGAAGAGACAUUUUGACCAGACUUCUAGACAAAAGGCGAUUGAGAUGAUAGAAGACGUCCGCGAGGCGUUUGCCGCGGCCACCAAAGACUUGCCGUGGAUGGAUGCUAGUACCAGGGCUACUACGUUGAGGAAACUGAGCGCCAUUCGCACCUUCGUAGGCUUCCCUUCCUGGCUUCUCACUCAUGAGGAUCUGGACAAGCACUACCAACACGUGGAAGUAGUGGAAGGAGACUUGUUCAAGUCUUACCUGAAACUGACGCAGGCAACUGUGAAAAAAUCCCUGGAAACCCUUCGAAAAAAACCUGACAGAGACAGGUGGGUCGCCACAGCUACUACUGUAAAUGCGUUUUACUCAGCGACACUAAAUUCAGUCACAUUCCCGGCUGGAAUUUUGCAACCACCGUUUUAUGGAAAUGGAAUUGAAGCCAUCAACUACGGCUCUAUUGGAGCUAUUAUGGGCCAUGAAGUCACUCACGGGUUUGAUGACCAAGGGCGCCGCUACGACGAGCAGGGCAACCUGGCGCAGUGGUGGACGGCGGACACCCUGCAGCACUACCACGCACGCGUCAAGUGCAUCGUGGAUCAGUACAGCCGCUACGGCUUGCCGCAGCUGCCCAACUACACGGUGCACGGCGUCAACACGCAGGGCGAGAACAUCGCGGACAACGGCGGCCUGCGCGCCGCGCUCAGCGCCUACGAGCUGUACGCGCGCCGCCGCCCCGCCGCGCGCCGCGCCGUGCUGCCCGGCCUGCCCGACUACAGCCCCACGCAGCUGUUCUACCUGGGCUUCGCACAGAUAUGGUGUGGAAACUCAACGACCGGCGCCUUGAAAUCCAAGAUGGUGGAAGGCGUCCACAGUCCAAACAAGAUCAGAGUGAUCGGCACUCUUAGUAAUACUAAGGAAUUCGCCGAUGCUUGGAAAUGUCCAGUCGGUUCAGCCAUGAACCCCGAGCAUAAGUGCGUGCUGUGGUAGACCAAUUGUGAUCUUAGUUGUAAGCAAACCAAAGACAAGACUCAAUGUUACCGAUAAGUUACCAUAGCCAUAGUUUACCAUUUACGAAUCAGAGCAACGCGCUCCCCGAUGUGGGGAGCAAUAGCAAUCUUACAUUUACCCUCACACAAAAUGGGCAGUCUCUGAGCAUACCUGUGAUUACAUUAUGACAUUUUCUUUGUUUAGUUAUGUACGAUAUGAAGUUGGGGAGCGUUACAUCAGUUUUCGCAAUUUAUCUAUCUAAAUUACGCAUCACAGAAAACAUAACAAAAUAUCAUCGUAAUAUGACUUGUUUAUAUAGAUCACAGUAAAGACAAGUACUUUUAUGAUAAUAAUGCUUCAUAAGAGAGAAUCCAUAUUCUCAUGUCUGGCUCAUGACAUGAGCAUAUGUCAUGAGCCAGACAUGAGAUCAUGGCUUCCCUUCACUUCCUCGAUGGCUGCGUUGCUCAGUGAUACGAAUAGAUAAUAUUAAGGACCAGUUUUGAUGUGACGAGAAUGUUGAGACUUAAAUAUAUACAACUUAUGUUAUACUAAUAGCUAUUUACAUAUUACAAAGUAAUGAAAAGUAACAAAAACUAAACGAAAUAUAAGUUAGGUACCUCGUUGCAGAUGUGACGAAUAAUAUUUUAGUACCUAAAAUAAGUAGUUCAAAAUAUUUGAUUAUUAAAGUUUCCUCAUUAUACGGUACAAAUGUUAUAACAUUUGUAAAUCCAUUUUUGAUAUAGAAUAUCUGGAAGUAUUAGUACGCUCGCAGUUGUAAAGUCCAUUUCGAGAAACGAAAACGAAGUGUCAGAGGAAAAUGAACUUAUCUGAGUUGGUUUAAAGCUCAAAUUUGUCCACAAUUCCCAAAAUCUUGGCAGAACUUUUGUAAAAUAAAAAUUACGUGACAUUAGGUCCAUUUUGCUAUGACGCAAUUGUUUCGUUGCGCGAAAGCAAUUCCUCGUUUACGGGCUGCAAAUCUUAUGCUAAGGGUACUAGUCGAAUAAUGUGGAAGCUCAAUAAGAUGUAUGGAUAUUUUGUGAUUACCAGUGUUGUGAUAUUUUCUCAUAAGAUCUAAAAUAUUUGCAUUUAUUUCAAUUAUUGAUUAAGAUUGCGCUAAUGUUUGUUAAAUGAAAUCAAAAAUGCUCAAUACUUUGCUAUUAUACAAAAAAAACUGAAUUGCGAAGUGAUACUAUAGGAAAAUCAAUAAAAAUCAACAUUAAUUAAUACAAAUUUAAUAAUGGUGCUGAAAUAAUUUAGUUCUACACAAAUCUAAAAAUACAUGUUGUCCUUUUCUGUAAGAAAUGAUGUGGCUGCAUGUGAAUAUAGUUUAAUUUUGUGUACAAAAGAAUAAGCACUAAUAUAGUUAAGUUACAAGUAAAAAAUUAUUUAUUUUGGAAUUAAAAAAUUACAUGAUAUGUUU